AUGAGUUCAGACGACCCACUCGGAGCCGCGUACAAUGACGUCGAUGCCAACCGUUCCACUACCGAUACACAACCUAUCCACUCUUCGACCCCAGUGCAACCUUCAAAUUCCUCUCAAGACUACGCACACAUGGGUCGCGGCGGUGCUGGUAACUGGUAUCAGCCCACUGAGCUUCAGAAAGAAGGUACCUUCACACAGGCUGUUGACGCAACCGCAAUCCCUACGUCAUCGAAGCCACAGAUCAGCACACCUUGGCAUCCUGAGGGUCAGGAAAUGCCUGUCGCCAGAAGCGGGAGAGGUGGCGCGGGUAACUUCGUCUGGAAGAGUGAAGAGCAGAAGAAGGGGCAGAGGGAUGAUGAGGAGAGAAGAAUAGAGGGGCUGAGGGAUGAGGUAGAGAGGAGUGUCGAAGCUGGAUUGGCGAAACCGCCUUUCGCGCUGCUUGGGAGGGAGACGCAGAAGGGCCGGUGA